AUGGCUCUGUUUUUCCUUGGUUGGUACCACAUCACAGCUGGGUCCGUGGAAUCCGUUGGGAUUCGCGAGAAUUACUAUAAUACCCUCUCACAUGCAGUUCUCCUGCUGCUCGCAAUGAGCGAAGGAAUCUUACUGCUCUCCUCCGCUGUUGGGCUGUGGCCCCGUCAGACUAAUCGGACACCCGACUAUUAUGAUGCUGUAUUACUUCUUAUGUGCAGCCUGGUAAUGGUUGUGGUCUUGAUUGUUGGGUACCACUCAGAUGAGGACUGGCACUUUUUUCUAACACGAUUGGAGCAUUCAUCGUAUACCAUAAUGGUGCUUUGUGGGUCACUAACCAGCAUCAUGCUCAGCACAAGGAAGGGACAUCAGAACAAAAGAAAUAUUCUCCCGGCACUUACCUCUGUGAUUCUCGGGCUACUGUUCACAUCGCAUCAACAAGAGGCCAUGCUGGUCAAGAAAGUCCAUGAAGCCCUCGGGUAUACUAUGAUGACUGCGGCGGCUUUCAGGAUUAUCGAAAUCUUGGUUGUACCCCAUUGGCCGGUCAAUGUUUCAACAGACGCCUAUAGUAUUCUGCGUUAUGUGACUUCACUGUUGGUGGUGAUUCUCAGCUUCGUGUCAUUUGGAUCGUCGAGGGAUUUGUGUCAAGCAAUCGAAGAAACUGGAUUCAUGGCUGCCCCAUACGUGGCCAUUCUAUACACAUGUGGCCUUAUCUACUUCUCCUUUCUUGCCAACCUCAUCCAUCGCAUCAAGGAUCAUUUGUAUCCUGAUGAAAGCGAUGAAAAAUACGAAUAUUCAUCUUUGCCAGGAAUGCAAUCGGACAGACUUGGAUAUAAUCAGAACUUGGACUGA